UUGACUGUAUGAGACGAACAACUAUUAGUGAUAUUUUAAAAGUUUUUUUUUAUUUUUUUGUUGGAAAAGUCCUUAUUUGGCAACUCGAGGACAAAAGACAUGUCCAAUGAGUAACUUGCCAUAGCAAAAUUUAUAACACCAUCAAGUACUCAAAAUGAAAAUAAUAUCAUAUAUAUUUACCAGUAUGGUUCAAGCAAUUACGGUGCUGACUGUCCUCAAGAUGAUGGCCAAAGCUCAAACAACAUGUAAUCAAGGUAUGGGCCGUGUUAUGUAUGAAAGACUUCCUAAUCAGCAAUUACAAGGAUUUGAUGACGAUGUAGUAAGAGACUCAGCGCCACCAUUUCAAGUAUUAGAAAAAUGUCAAGAUUUAUGUUUAAGAGAUCGAACAGCGGCGAACAAUAUAGUAAGAGCUUGUAGUUCUUUUGAUUUUCAACCAGGUAGUCGAAUAGCAUCAUUUAGUGGGACGCCAGAAUAUGAAGAAUCUACUUGUUAUUUAACAAGGGAACAAGCAGCUCCUGAAGGGAUUGGGCAAUUAAUGCUUGUGCCGAAUAGUGUACAUUUCACUGAAGUUUGUAUUACUUCUAAUAGACCAGAACGCGAAUGUCCAAUGCGAAGGUAUAUCUUCGAACGACAUCCUAGGAAGAAGUUGAAGCUACCUGCUCCGGACAUUAAAGAAAUGACAGCAGCAAAUCGAAGUGAAUGCGAAGAUCGUUGUUUGAAUGAAUUUAGUUUUGUUUGUCGCUCAGCAUCAUAUGACGCAGCGAUGCGAAUUUGUUCUCUAAGUCGAUUUACAAGGCGUACUCACCCUGAGUUACUAGAAGAUGAUCCAAAUUCAGAUUAUUUGGAAAAUACUUGCUUAAAUGCUGAACGUAGAUGCGACGGUUUGGCUGUUUUUAUAAAAGAAGAAAAUAAACGAUUGGGAGGACCAUUUGAAGUAGACUUGUUUACUAAUAUGACGCUAGAAGAAUGCCAAGCAAUGUGCAUUCGAGCAGAAAAAUAUUUUUGUCGUUCGAUUGAGUUCGAUGAUAUGACAAAGCAAUGUGUGAUUUCAGAAGAAGAUUCGGUGUCUCAGAAAGAUGAUUUGGGUAUUAGCAGCAGUCCAACGAAUAACUUUUAUGAUCUUGUUUGUCUAGACAAUCCAAGUGGAUUUGAAUACCCCGACAAUUCCUUACGUUUGUACAUUACAGCCCGUGGCAGUGAGUAUCCAGAUAAUUCAGUAACAUCACAUCUAUUUGGAUCAAAUGGACGACGUCCUGAUACAGCCUUUCAAAGAUACCGAAAUAGUCGAUUAUCUGGUGAAUUUCAUUCAGAAAUCACCGGACGUUCAUUAAGUGAAUGUUUGGAUGAAUGUUUACGGCAAACAAGUUUCCAAUGUAGAUCUGCGGUUUACAGUGAUCGAUAUCGAACAUGUCGAUUGAGCCGAUUUAAUCAGAGAGAUGGAAUGCGUAUUAUUUACGAUGCCGAUUAUGAUUAUUAUGAAAAUUUAAUGCAUCAUCUUGUCAUGGGAAUAGAUGGUGAAGGUAACACGGCUUCUGGCAGACCCGAUCCAGUUAGUCCUGAUAAUACAAGGCCUACAUAUCCAGCAGGAGGUGGAGGUGGUGUUGGUGGUGGAAGAGAUCCUUACGAUGAUAGAACAAGGCCACCAAUAGGACCUGAUCGAUUUCCAGAUCGAUAUCCGUCAAGAUAUCCCAAUUGGUAUCCAGCAGGAAAUGGCGGCGAUCCUUAUGAUAGAUAUCCUCCAGGAACUAAAUAUCCAGUAGGACCACGAUAUCCCCCAGGUGAUAGAUAUCCUCCAGCUCCAGAUGGUGAUCGAUAUCCCGUAGGAGGUGGUCGUUAUCCACCCGGUGGGCGUUACCCUCCAACAGCUGGAGGUCCAUAUCCCCCAUCAGGAGGUGGUGAUAGAUAUCCACCAUCAGGUGGUGGAGGAGGAAGGUAUCCCCCAAUUUCUCCUGGGAGGUAUCCUUUAUAUGAAAAUCGAUAUCCAGCACCAAAUUAUCCACCUUCUGGAGGAGCAGGCGGCAGAUACCCACCAGGUGACAGAUAUCCCCCAGCUCCAGUAGAUAGAUAUCCACCUGCGCCAGUAGAUAGGUAUCCUCCAGCACCAGCUGAUAGAUACCCUCCAGCACCAGCGGAUAGAUAUCCUCCAGCACCAGUUGAUAGAUACCCACCAGCACCAGUUGAUAGAUAUCCAACUUCACCAGCGGAUAGAUACCCUAGUCGUGGCCCACCCGAAUAUCCCCCUAAAUAUCCUGUAGGCGGACGUCCACCUUAUGAUGACAGACUUCCACCCAAUGACAUUGGUCGUUAUCCAGCAACUGGUAGCAGAUAUCCCGUUGCAGGCGGCCGACCACCAUAUGAUUAUGAUCGUUACCCAGUAGAUAGAUAUCCAGCUGAUCGAUAUGCACCAGAUGAUGAUCGUUACAAUCGAGGCCGAUAUCCAGGAGGUGAUCGAUUUGGUGGUGACAGAUAUCCACCAUCAGGUGGAAAUCGUUGGGGAUAUGGACGGCCCGUUUAUGAUGGACCUGAAUAUCCCGGUGUCCGGCCAGGAUAUGAAGACGGACCGGGGCCGGGUGGUCCUGGUGGUUUUGGACCCGGUGGCUAUGGGCCACAACGUCCCAUUGCUGGCGGAACACGAUGUGACGAAGGCGGAGAUAACUUUAAACAAAUUGGAGCACAUCAGAGAGUUCGAAGACAAUUCGUUCGUCGAUUUACAACAGUCCCAUCAUUGAUGUUAUGCCAACGUGAAUGUGCAGAAGCUAGAGAUUUCGUGUGUCGGUCAUUUAAUUAUCGCGAUCCAGUCACACCUUCAUACGAUGGUGAUCGAGAUAAUUGUGAACUAAGCGACCGAGAUACCAGAGAUUUAGACAUUAACAAUCCAGCAUUCUUUGAUUCGGCGGGAAAUUAUGAUUUCUAUGAAAGAUCAGCUGCUCGAAAUGGGGUUGACGGCGAUUGCUUAGAUGUAAGCCAAGAGUGUAACGAGGAUGGUAUGACAUUCACAUUACGCACUCCGGAAGGUUUUGUCGGACGAAUAUACACCUAUGGAUUUUAUGAUCGUUGCUUCUUCAGAGGAAAUGGUGGUACUGUAAAUGUUUUAAGAAUAAGUGGAGCCCAAGGAUAUCCCGAGUGUGGAACACAACGUUAUGGGGAUACAAUGACUAACAUAGUCGUUGUACAAUUCAGUGAUUACGUUCAAACUGGAAAGGACAAACGUUUUAAUUUAACUUGUUUGUUCCGUGGUCCAGGUGAAGCCGUCGUAACAUCAGGUUAUAUUGGAGCUGGUUGGGAUUUGGAUUCACCUAUGUCUAGGUCUGGAAGCCCAAUUCCGAUUGAGUAUCUACCUGCAGAAAAUUCAUUGAGUUCGAAGGUACGAUUGAUGAUUCUAUAUCAAGGGCGGCCAACUACAACCAUUGCCGUUGGAGAUCCUUUAACGUUCCGAUUAGAAGCUCAAGAUGGAUACAAUUAUUUGACAGACAUCUUCGCCACAAAUGUAAUAGCUAGAGAUCCAUAUUCUGGUAGAUCCGUACAGUUAAUUGAUAGAUAUGGAUGUCCUGUCGAUACUUAUGUAUUCCCAGAGUUGGAUCGCUUAAGGGACGGAGAUACACUGGAGGCAAGAUUCAAUGCAUUCAAAAUUCCUGAAUCCAACUUUUUAGUUUUCGAAGCUACAGUAAGAACAUGCCGAGAUGGAUGUCAACCAGCAUAUUGUACAAGUAACACCGGGCGUUCAGAGCCAUCAUUUGGAAAGCGACGACGUCGAUCGCUAAACGACACUGAUUCAGAUUUAGACAAUAUGUUGGAUGGAAAUUCCACAGUUGUUGUGAAUGCAACGGCCGUCAAUUUUAUUGCUCAGUUAAAUGAUACAGAUGAAGAUAAUUUUGAGACAAAUGUUGAGUCUGAUCAAUCAGAAUUUCCAGAACAUGUUAGAGAAAUGAUUGAAGUUUUUGAUUCAAGAGAGGAAUUGCAAAUGGAAGCCAGAAAAGUAAUAGCUUUACCAGAAACAGUUUGUCUGUCAAAUGGAGAAUAUCAUGCAUUUAUCAGUGCGAUAUUGAUAUUAAUAAUACUAUUGUUGGGUCUAACUAUCGCCGCAGGAUGGGUUUACAGACGUUACUGGUCCGUCAUAAGUAAAAAUUUAGCAGUUGAUCGUUUAUCACCAUCAAUAAAUUCAAGUCAUGCUUAUCCACAAUCGAACUCACAAUCUCAACGUUCUAAUAUUUUAUCCUAUUUUGGAGGAGGUUCUCAAAAACCUUUCUCAGCCAGUGGCUUACCUCGUGUAUGUGAUUUUGGUCAAUCUGAUCAAACUGCAACUCCAGGCAUUGGAGCAUUUGAGGAUCCAAGUGAACCAAUUUAUACCGACCCAUCAUUAUUUGAACGAUCUAGAAGUUUAUGCAGUAUAUCCGUAGCGCAAGAUCGACACCGUGCAAGAAGUAAUGAACGUAUUUAGAAGGAUUUUUUAUAAUUUACCAAGUGCAAUAACAUACAUAUAAAGUUUACUCCCAUAAUAACCAAUUUAAAUAAAAAACUGUUACUUUGUGUUAAAAAAAUUAUAUAUUUACACUAAGAUCAUAGGUGUUGAAAUUUUCAUUAAACGACAAUCUGUGACAUAAAUGAAUCGCAACACCAUUUAUAACUCUUUUGUGUAAAUAAAACAGGGCUUUCAAGUUCAAAACAUAUAACAAUUAACUAAAAUAAGAUUUUACUCAGCUUAAUAGAAUGCUGUUAACUAUUUUUGAAAGAUCUCUAUAAACUUUGUAAAUUGAAUUGAAUGUUAAAACUUUUACUAAUCGAAUUCUUUUUGGACAAUUUGUUAUUUAUAUUGUAGAUAUA